ACAAAACAUAACAAUAAACCUAUUGUAUCUAUCUACGCCGUGAUUUGUUUCCUUAGUAUGAAUUUUAUUUGCCAGCUGUGACUGUUCAGGUUACGCAUUGUUUUUUAACUUAAGGAAAAUAAUAUAAAAUCGUAGUUAACACAAAUUAUGAUCAAUCAUGGAUGCCAUGUUUGAUAUUUGUUACCUUUCGCCAGACGGUAUUAAUGUAGAGCCUGAUGAUAUUCCGGAAACAAAGGAUAACGUAUGGGUAUUAGGAAAAAAAUACAGUGCUAUACAAGAUCUGGAGCGUAUAAGACGCGAUAUCACUUCGGUAAUAUGGUGUACCUACAGAAAGGGCUUUGUCCCUAUAGGAGAUGAAGGUUUGACAUCGGAUAAGGGAUGGGGCUGCAUGCUCCGUUGCGGACAAAUGGUGCUUGGAGUAGCAUUGAUUAAAGUUCACUUAUCUGCUGAUUGGGUGUGGACUCCCGAAACAAGAGAUCCAACAUAUUUAAAAAUAGUCCAAAGAUUGGAGGAGAGAAAACAAGCUCCAUACUCAAUUCAUCAAGUGGCUUUAAUGGGGGCAUGCGAAGGAAAGGAAGUAGGCCAGUGGUUUGGCCCAAAUACUGUUGCGCAAGUACUCAAAAAAUUGGUGGUUUAUGACAAAUGGAGUUCUUUGGUUAUUCAUGUUGCUUUGGACAAUACAGUUGUUAAGGAGGAUAUUUUGCAACAGUGUAUUGUCAAUAAUGACAGAGGGGAUUGCUCUGAGAAUGUAGAUGGAUUUGUUGUAAGUGAUUGGAUGCCUCUUCUGUUAAUAGUACCUCUUAGGCUUGGGCUUAGUGAAAUUAAUCCUAUUUAUAUGGAAGGGCUUAAGAUAUGUUUUCAAUCACCUCAAUCUAUAGGUGUAAUAGGAGGCAAGCCGAAUCAGGCUCUUUAUUUAAUAGGCUGCGUUGGUGAUGAAGUUAUAUACUUAGAUCCACAUACAACACAGAAAUCUGGUUUAGUGGAGAACAAACUUACAGAUGAACAAAAAGAAAUGGACUGUACAUAUCACUGUAAGUAUGCUUCAAGAAUUCCAAUAUUGUCUAUGGAUCCCUCUGUGGCAGUGUGUUUUCUUUGUCGCACAAGAAGUGAUUUUGAUGAACUAUGUGAAUUAAUUGAGAAAAGAUUAAUGCAAGAGAGUCAACCAUUGUUUGAAAUAUGUGAGAAAAGACCAUCACAUUGGGGCCCCAAUACAAACGACAUUGAUUUACAGAACACUAAUCUAUUCACAGAAUUUGAAGAAGUUGACAGACAAUUUGAUGAUUCUGACAUUGAAUUUGAAAUUCUAUGAAACUUCCAGCGAUAUUGAAAGCUACCGGAGAGUACAUGAUAACUGGCAUCACAACAAUAUUUUUAAAUUUAAUAUAAAUGAAACAAUUUUUAGCAAAUGAAAUAAUUUCACUUGCUUUUUAUUACUAUGCAAAUUUCAAUUUAAUGUUUGUUCUUAUAUAAAUGGGCUUAUGAGCUUUUGCUGUCAAGUAACAUUUGAUUUAUCUAGUGUCCUGAGAAUUAACAUUAUAUAACUUAAUGCACAGCUAUUUGUGAAGCAGUUCUGAUUUACAGUGCCUUUACUAAUAAUAUAUGAAUUCAGAAUUAAUGGUAACAGUAAAGGUCCUUUAUGAUCAUUGAUUUUAUACAUAAAAUUGCCAAAUCUAGUCACAUAUUAUAUAUAGCAAAAAUAUAAAUGUCACUGCCUGUUCUAUUCUACAAAAAUUUUAUUGCAAAAUACGAAUGGGUUAGUAAUAACAACACAAGGUUCUAAAUAACAAAUAGAUUAUGUACUGUUCAUUAAAUCAAUAUUUUUAUUAAAAUUUGCACUAUUUGGGAAUUAUUAUUAAAAGCAAUUUGCAUUAUAUUUCGAUUUAUUAGUUAAAUGUUAUUGAAAUAUAGUAUUGAAUUUGAAUUGCUUGUUACAAAGAGCAAUACUUUAAUAAAUUGUUUAUCUGUAUUUAUAUUAAGUUAUCAAUGCCUAGAAAAGGUGUUACCCAAGAAAAAUUAUCUCUCAAUCUACAUCUAACUAGAAGAAUAUAUAUAAAAAAAGUUACAUACUUCUUUAUGGAGACUGCCUGUUGUGAGUUUAGAAGCGUAAUAUUUUUUUAUUUACAUGUAAAUAAUAUACAAAAUUAUGGUAUAUAGAAAUAAACAUUUAUUUUUA